GCACUCGCCGCGAGGGUUGCCGGGACGGGCCCAAGAUGGCUGAGCGCCUUGGUUCCGCUUCUGCCUGCCGCGCAGAGCCCCAUUCAUUGCCUUGCUGCUAAGUGGCGCCGCGUAGUGCCAGUAGGCUCCAAGUCUUCAGGGUCUGUCCCAUCGGGCAGGAAGCCGUCAUGGCAACCCUGGAAAAGCUGAUGAAGGCUUUCGAGUCGCUCAAGUCGUUUCAGCAGCAACAGCAGCAGCAGCCACCGCCGCAGGCGCCGCCGCCACCGCCGCCGCCGCCUCCGCCUCAACCCCCUCAGCCGCCGCCUCAGGGGCAGCCGCCGCCGCCACCACCGCCGCUGCCAGGUCCGGCAGAGGAACCGCUGCACCGACCAAAGAAGGAACUCUCAGCCACCAAGAAAGACCGUGUGAAUCAUUGUCUAACAAUAUGUGAAAACAUUGUGGCACAGUCUCUCAGAAAUUCUCCAGAAUUUCAGAAACUCUUGGGCAUCGCUAUGGAACUGUUUCUGCUGUGCAGUGACGAUGCGGAGUCAGAUGUCAGAAUGGUGGCUGAUGAGUGCCUCAACAAAGUCAUCAAAGCUUUGAUGGAUUCUAAUCUUCCAAGGCUACAGUUAGAACUCUAUAAGGAAAUUAAAAAGAAUGGUGCUCCUCGAAGUUUGCGUGCUGCCCUGUGGAGGUUUGCUGAGCUGGCUCACCUGGUUCGACCUCAGAAGUGCAGGCCUUACCUGGUGAAUCUUCUUCCAUGCCUGACCCGAACAAGCAAAAGACCGGAGGAAUCAGUUCAGGAGACCUUGGCUGCAGCUGUUCCUAAAAUUAUGGCUUCUUUUGGCAAUUUCGCAAAUGACAAUGAAAUUAAGGUUCUGUUGAAAGCUUUCAUAGCAAAUCUGAAGUCAAGCUCUCCCACCGUGCGGCGGACAGCAGCCGGCUCAGCCGUGAGCAUCUGCCAACAUUCUAGGAGGACACAGUACUUCUACAACUGGCUCCUUAAUGUCCUCCUAGGUCUGCUGGUUCCCAUGGAAGAAGAGCACUCCACUCUCCUGAUCCUCGGUGUGUUGCUCACAUUGAGGUGUCUAGUGCCCUUGCUCCAGCAGCAGGUCAAGGACACAAGUCUAAAAGGCAGCUUUGGGGUGACACGGAAAGAAAUGGAAGUCUCUCCUUCUACAGAGCAGCUUGUCCAGGUUUAUGAACUGACUUUGCAUCAUACUCAGCACCAAGACCACAAUGUGGUGACAGGGGCACUGGAGCUCCUGCAGCAGCUCUUCCGUACCCCUCCACCUGAACUCCUGCAAGCACUGACCACACCAGGAGGGCUUGGGCAGCUCACUCUGGUUCAAGAAGAGGCCCGGGGCCGAGGCCGCAGCGGGAGCAUCGUGGAGCUUUUAGCUGGAGGGGGUUCCUCGUGCAGCCCUGUCCUCUCAAGAAAGCAGAAAGGCAAAGUGCUCUUAGGAGAGGAAGAAGCCUUGGAAGAUGACUCGGAGUCCAGGUCAGAUGUCAGCAGCUCAGCCUUUGCAGCCUCUGUGAAGAGUGAGAUUGGUGGAGAGCUCGCUGCUUCUUCAGGUGUUUCCACUCCUGGUUCUGUUGGUCACGACAUCAUCACUGAGCAGCCUAGAUCCCAGCACACACUUCAAGCAGACUCUGUGGAUUUGUCCGGCUGUGACCUGACCAGUGCUGCUACUGAUGGGGAUGAGGAGGACAUCUUGAGCCACAGCUCCAGCCAGUUCAGUGCUGUCCCAUCCGACCCUGCCAUGGACCUGAAUGAUGGGACCCAGGCCUCCUCACCCAUCAGUGACAGUUCUCAGACCACCACUGAAGGACCUGAUUCAGCUGUGACUCCUUCGGACAGUUCUGAAAUUGUGUUAGAUGGUGCCGAUAGCCAGUAUUUAGGCAUGCAGAUAGGACAGCCACAGGAGGACGAUGAGGAGGGAGCUGCAGGUGUUCUUUCUGGUGAAGUCUCAGAUGUUUUCAGAAACUCUUCUCUGGCCCUUCAACAGGCACACUUGUUGGAAAGAAUGGGCCAUAGCAGGCAGCCUUCCGACAGCAGUAUAGAUAAGUAUGUAACAAGAGAUGAGGUUGCUGAAGCCAGUGAUCCAGAAAGCAAGCCUUGCCGAAUCAAAGGUGACAUAGGACAGCCUAAUGAUGAUGAUUCUGCUCCUCUGGUACAUUGUGUCCGUCUUUUAUCUGCUUCCUUUUUGUUAACUGGUGAAAAGAAAGCACUGGUUCCAGACAGAGACGUGAGAGUCAGUGUGAAGGCCCUGGCCCUCAGCUGCAUUGGUGCGGCUGUGGCCCUUCAUCCAGAGUCGUUCUUCAGCAGACUGUACAAAGUACCUCUUAAUACCACGGAAAGUACUGAGGAACAGUAUGUUUCUGACAUCUUGAACUACAUCGAUCAUGGAGACCCACAGGUCCGAGGAGCUACUGCCAUUCUCUGUGGGACCCUUGUCUACUCCAUCCUCAGUAGGUCCCGUCUCCGUGUUGGUGACUGGCUGGGCAACAUCAGAACCCUGACAGGAAAUACAUUUUCUCUGGUGGACUGCAUUCCUUUACUGCAGAAAACGUUGAAGGAUGAAUCUUCUGUUACUUGCAAGUUGGCUUGUACAGCUGUGAGGCACUGUGUCCUGAGUCUUUGCAGCAGCAGCUACAGUGACUUGGGAUUACAACUGCUUAUUGAUAUGCUGCCUCUGAAGAACAGCUCCUACUGGCUGGUGAGGACCGAACUGCUGGACACUCUGGCAGAGAUUGACUUCAGGCUCGUGAGUUUUUUGGAGGCAAAAGCAGAAAGUUUACACCGAGGGGCUCAUCAUUAUACAGGGUUUCUAAAACUACAAGAACGAGUACUCAAUAAUGUGGUCAUUUAUUUGCUUGGAGAUGAAGACCCCAGGGUUCGACAUGUUGCUGCAACAUCAUUAACAAGGCUUGUCCCAAAGCUGUUUUACAAGUGUGACCAAGGACAAGCUGAUCCAGUUGUGGCUGUAGCGAGGGAUCAGAGCAGUGUCUACCUGAAGCUCCUCAUGCAUGAGACCCAGCCACCAUCACACUUUUCUGUCAGCACCAUCACCAGAAUCUAUAGAGGCUAUAGCUUACUGCCAAGUAUAACAGAUGUCACCAUGGAAAACAAUCUCUCAAGAGUUGUUGCCGCAGUUUCUCAUGAACUCAUUACGUCAACAACACGGGCACUCACAUUUGGAUGCUGUGAAGCCUUGUGUCUUCUCUCAGCAGCCUUUCCAGUUUGCACUUGGAGUUUAGGAUGGCACUGUGGAGUGCCCCCACUGAGUGCCUCUGAUGAGUCCAGGAAGAGCUGCACUGUUGGGAUGGCCUCCAUGAUUCUCACCUUGCUUUCAUCAGCUUGGUUCCCACUGGAUCUCUCAGCCCAUCAGGAUGCCUUGAUUUUGGCUGGAAACUUGCUAGCAGCGAGUGCCCCCAAGUCUCUGAGAAGUUCAUGGACCUCUGAAGAAGAAGCCAACUCAGCAGCCACCAGACAGGAGGAAAUCUGGCCUGCUCUGGGGGAUCGGACUCUAGUGCCCUUGGUGGAGCAGCUUUUCUCCCACCUGCUGAAGGUGAUCAAUAUCUGUGCUCAUGUCUUGGACGAUGUGACUCCUGGACCAGCAAUCAAGGCAGCCUUGCCUUCUCUAACAAACCCCCCUUCUCUAAGUCCUAUUCGACGGAAAGGGAAGGAGAAAGAACCUGGAGAACAAGCUUCUACUCCAAUGAGUCCCAAGAAAGUUGGUGAGGCCAGUGCAGCCUCUCGACAAUCAGACACCUCAGGACCUGUCACAGCAAGUAAAUCAUCCUCACUGGGGAGUUUCUACCAUCUCCCCUCCUACCUCAAACUGCAUGAUGUCCUGAAAGCCACUCACGCCAACUAUAAGGUCACCUUAGAUCUUCAGAACAGCACUGAAAAGUUUGGGGGGUUCCUGCGCUCUGCCUUGGACGUCCUUUCUCAGAUUCUAGAGCUGGCGACACUGCAGGACAUUGGAAAGUGUGUUGAAGAGGUCCUUGGAUACCUGAAAUCCUGCUUUAGUCGAGAACCAAUGAUGGCAACUGUCUGUGUGCAGCAGCUAUUGAAGACUCUCUUUGGGACAAACUUAGCCUCACAGUUUGAUGGCUUAUCUUCCAACCCCAGCAAGUCUCAGUGCCGAGCUCAGCGCCUUGGCUCUUCAAGUGUGAGGCCCGGCUUAUAUCACUACUGCUUCAUGGCACCAUACACGCACUUCACACAGGCCUUGGCUGACGCAAGCCUGAGGAACAUGGUGCAGGCGGAGCAGGAGCGUGAUGCCUCGGGGUGGUUUGAUGUACUCCAGAAAGUGUCUGCCCAAUUGAAGACGAACCUAACAAGCGUCACAAAGAACCGUGCAGAUAAGAAUGCUAUUCAUAAUCACAUUAGGUUAUUUGAGCCUCUUGUUAUAAAAGCAUUGAAGCAGUACACCACGACAACAUCUGUACAAUUGCAGAAGCAGGUUUUGGAUUUGCUGGCACAGCUGGUUCAGCUACGGGUCAAUUACUGUCUACUGGAUUCAGACCAGGUGUUCAUCGGGUUUGUGCUGAAGCAGUUUGAGUACAUUGAAGUGGGCCAGUUCAGGGAAUCAGAGGCAAUUAUUCCAAAUAUAUUUUUCUUCCUGGUAUUACUGUCUUAUGAGCGCUACCAUUCAAAACAGAUCAUUGGAAUUCCUAAAAUCAUCCAGCUGUGUGAUGGCAUCAUGGCCAGUGGAAGGAAGGCCGUUACACAUGCUAUACCUGCUCUGCAGCCCAUUGUCCAUGACCUCUUUGUGUUACGAGGAACAAAUAAAGCUGAUGCAGGGAAAGAGCUUGAGACACAGAAGGAGGUGGUGGUCUCCAUGCUGUUACGACUCAUCCAGUACCAUCAGGUGCUGGAGAUGUUCAUCCUUGUCCUGCAGCAGUGCCACAAGGAGAAUGAGGACAAGUGGAAACGGCUCUCUCGGCAGGUCGCAGACAUCAUCCUGCCCAUGUUGGCCAAGCAGCAGAUGCAUAUUGACUCUCAUGAAGCCCUUGGAGUGUUAAAUACCUUGUUUGAGAUUUUGGCUCCUUCCUCCCUACGUCCUGUGGACAUGCUUUUGCGGAGUAUGUUCAUCACUCCAAGCACAAUGGCAUCUGUAAGCACUGUGCAGCUGUGGAUAUCUGGAAUCCUCGCCAUUCUGAGGGUUCUCAUUUCCCAGUCAACCGAGGACAUUGUUCUUUGUCGUAUUCAGGAGCUCUCCUUCUCUCCACACUUGCUCUCCUGUCCAGUGAUUAACAGGUUAAGGGGUGGAGGCGGUAAUGUAACACUAGGAGAAUGCAGCGAAGGGAAACAAAAGAGUUUGCCAGAAGAUACAUUCUCAAGGUUUCUUUUACAGCUGGUUGGUAUUCUUCUAGAAGACAUCGUUACAAAACAGCUCAAAGUGGACAUGAGUGAACAGCAGCAUACGUUCUACUGCCAAGAGCUAGGCACACUGCUCAUGUGUCUGAUCCACAUAUUCAAAUCUGGAAUGUUCCGGAGAAUCACAGCAGCUGCCACUAGACUCUUCACCAGUGAUGGCUGUGAAGGCAGCUUCUAUACUCUAGAGAGCCUGAAUGCACGGGUCCGAUCCAUGGUGCCCACGCACCCAGCCCUGGUACUGCUCUGGUGUCAGAUCCUACUUCUCAUCAACCACACUGACCACCGGUGGUGGGCAGAGGUGCAGCAGACACCCAAGAGACACAGUCUGUCCUGCACGAAGUCACUUAACCCCCAGAAGUCUGGCGAAGAGGAGGAUUCUGGCUCGGCAGCUCAGCUGGGAAUGUGCAAUAGAGAAAUAGUGCGAAGAGGGGCCCUUAUUCUCUUCUGUGAUUAUGUCUGUCAGAAUCUCCAUGACUCAGAACACUUAACAUGGCUCAUUGUGAAUCACAUUCAAGAUCUGAUCAGCUUGUCUCAUGAGCCUCCAGUACAAGACUUUAUUAGUGCCAUUCAUCGUAAUUCUGCAGCUAGUGGUCUUUUUAUCCAGGCAAUUCAGUCUCGCUGUGAAAAUCUUUCAACGCCAACCACUCUGAAGAAAACACUUCAGUGCUUGGAAGGCAUCCAUCUCAGCCAGUCUGGUGCUGUGCUCACACUAUAUGUGGACAGGCUCCUGGGCACCCCCUUCCGUGCGCUGGCUCGCAUGGUCGACACCCUGGCCUGUCGCCGGGUAGAAAUGCUUUUGGCUGCAAAUUUACAGAGCAGCAUGGCCCAGUUGCCAGAGGAGGAACUAAACAGAAUCCAAGAACACCUCCAGAACAGUGGGCUUGCACAAAGACACCAAAGGCUCUAUUCACUGCUGGACAGAUUCCGACUCUCUACUGUGCAGGACUCACUUAGCCCCUUGCCCCCAGUCACUUCCCACCCACUGGAUGGGGAUGGGCACACAUCUCUGGAAACAGUGAGUCCAGACAAAGACUGGUACCUCCAGCUUGUCAGAUCCCAGUGUUGGACCAGAUCAGAUUCUGCACUGCUGGAAGGUGCAGAGCUGGUCAACCGUAUCCCUGCUGAAGAUAUGAAUGACUUCAUGAUGAGCUCGGAGUUCAACCUAAGCCUUUUGGCUCCCUGUUUAAGCCUUGGCAUGAGCGAGAUUGCUAAUGGCCAAAAGAGUCCCCUCUUUGAAGCAGCCCGUGGGGUGAUUCUGAACCGGGUGACCAGUGUUGUUCAGCAGCUUCCUGCUGUCCAUCAAGUCUUCCAGCCCUUCCUGCCUAUAGAGCCCACGGCCUACUGGAACAAGUUGAAUGAUCUGCUUGGUGAUACCACAUCAUACCAGUCUCUGACCAUACUUGCCCGUGCCCUGGCACAGUACCUGGUGGUGCUCUCCAAAGUGCCUGCUCAUUUGCACCUUCCUCCUGAGAAGGAGGGGGACACGGUGAAGUUUGUGGUAAUGACAGUUGAGGCCCUGUCAUGGCAUUUGAUCCAUGAGCAGAUCCCACUGAGUCUGGACCUCCAAGCCGGGCUAGACUGCUGCUGCCUGGCACUACAGGUGCCUGGCCUCUGGGGGGUGCUGUCCUCCCCAGAGUACGUGACUCAUGCCUGCUCCCUCAUCCAUUGUGUGCGAUUCAUCCUGGAAGCCAUUGCAGUACAACCUGGAGACCAGCUUCUCGGUCCUGAAAGCAGGUCACAUACUCCAAGAGCUGUCAGAAAGGAGGAAGUAGACUCAGAUAUACAAAACCUCAGUCAUGUCACUUCGGCCUGCGAGAUGGUGGCAGACAUGGUGGAAUCCCUGCAGUCAGUGCUGGCCUUGGGCCACAAGAGGAACAGCACCCUGCCUUCAUUUCUCACAGCUGUGCUGAAGAACAUUGUUAUCAGUCUGGCCCGACUCCCCCUAGUUAACAGCUAUACUCGUGUGCCUCCUCUGGUAUGGAAACUCGGGUGGUCACCCAAGCCUGGAGGGGAUUUUGGCACAGUGUUUCCUGAGAUCCCUGUAGAGUUCCUCCAGGAGAAGGAGAUCCUCAAGGAGUUCAUCUACCGCAUCAACACCCUAGGGUGGACCAAUCGUACCCAGUUCGAAGAAACUUGGGCCACCCUCCUUGGUGUCCUGGUGACUCAGCCCCUGGUGAUGGAACAGGAAGAGAGCCCACCAGAGGAAGACACAGAAAGAACCCAGAUCCAUGUCCUGGCUGUGCAGGCCAUCACCUCUCUAGUGCUCAGUGCAAUGACCGUGCCUGUGGCUGGCAAUCCAGCUGUAAGCUGCUUGGAGCAACAGCCCCGGAACAAGCCACUGAAGGCUCUCGAUACCAGAUUUGGAAGAAAGCUGAGCAUGAUCAGAGGGAUUGUAGAACAAGAAAUCCAAGAGAUGGUUUCCCAGAGAGAGAAUACUGCCACUCACCAUUCUCACCAGGCGUGGGAUCCUGUCCCUUCUCUGUUACCAGCUACUACAGGUGCUCUUAUCAGCCAUGACAAGCUGCUGCUGCAGAUCAACCCAGAGCGGGAGCCAGGCAACAUGAGCUACAAGCUGGGCCAGGUGUCCAUACACUCCGUGUGGCUGGGAAAUAACAUCACACCCCUGAGAGAGGAGGAAUGGGAUGAGGAAGAAGAGGAAGAAAGUGAUGUCCCUGCACCAACGUCACCACCUGUGUCUCCAGUCAAUUCCAGAAAACACCGUGCCGGGGUUGAUAUUCACUCCUGUUCGCAGUUUCUGCUUGAAUUGUACAGCCGAUGGAUCCUGCCAUCCAGUGCAGCCAGAAGGACCCCCGUCAUCCUGAUCAGUGAAGUGGUUCGAUCUCUUCUUGUAGUGUCAGACUUAUUCACCGAACGUACCCAGUUUGAAAUGAUGUAUCUGACGCUGACAGAACUACGGAGAGUGCACCCUUCAGAAGAUGAGAUCCUCAUUCAGUACCUGGUGCCUGCCACCUGUAAGGCAGCUGCUGUCCUUGGAAUGGACAAAACUGUGGCAGAGCCAGUCAGCCGCCUACUGGAGAGCACACUGAGGAGCAGCCACCUGCCCAGCCAGAUCGGAGCCCUGCACGGCAUCCUCUAUGUGUUGGAGUGUGACCUCUUGGAUGACACUGCAAAGCAGCUCAUUCCAGUUGUUAGUGACUAUCUGCUGUCCAACCUCAAAGGAAUAGCCCACUGCGUGAACAUUCACAGCCAGCAGCAUGUGCUGGUAAUGUGUGCCACUGCUUUCUACCUGAUGGAAAACUACCCUCUGGAUGUGGGACCAGAAUUUUCAGCAUCUGUGAUACAGAUGUGUGGAGUAAUGCUGUCUGGAAGUGAGGAGUCCACCCCCUCCAUCAUUUACCACUGUGCCCUCCGGGGUCUGGAGCGGCUCCUGCUGUCUGAGCAGCUAUCUCGGCUAGACACAGAGUCCUUGGUCAAGCUAAGUGUGGACAGAGUGAAUGUACAAAGCCCACACAGGGCCAUGGCAGCCCUAGGCCUGAUGCUCACCUGCAUGUACACAGGAAAGGAAAAAGCCAGUCCAGGCAGAGCUUCUGACCCCAGCCCUGCUACACCUGACAGCGAGUCUGUGAUUGUAGCUAUGGAGCGAGUGUCUGUUCUCUUUGAUAGGAUCCGCAAGGGAUUUCCCUGUGAAGCCAGGGUUGUGGCAAGGAUCCUGCCUCAGUUCCUAGAUGACUUCUUUCCACCUCAAGAUGUCAUGAACAAAGUCAUUGGAGAGUUCCUGUCCAAUCAGCAGCCAUACCCACAGUUCAUGGCCACUGUAGUUUACAAGGUUUUUCAGACUCUGCACAGUGCUGGGCAGUCAUCCAUGGUCCGGGACUGGGUCAUGCUGUCCCUGUCCAACUUCACACAAAGAACUCCAGUUGCCAUGGCCAUGUGGAGCCUCUCCUGCUUCCUUGUUAGCGCAUCUACCAGCCCAUGGGUUUCUGCGAUCCUUCCACAUGUCAUCAGCAGGAUGGGCAAACUGGAACAGGUGGAUGUGAACCUUUUCUGCCUGGUUGCCACAGACUUCUACAGACACCAGAUAGAGGAGGAAUUCGACCGCAGGGCUUUCCAGUCUGUGUUUGAGGUGGUGGCUGCACCAGGAAGUCCAUACCACAGGCUGCUUGCUUGUUUGCAAAAUGUUCACAAGGUCACCACCUGCUGAGUAGUGCCUGUGGGACAAAAGGCUGAAAGAAGGCAGCUGCUGGGGCCUGAGCCUCCAGGAGCCUGCUCCAAGCUUCUGCUGGGGCUGCCUUGGCCGUGCAGGCUUCCACUUGUGUCAAGUGGACAGCCAGGCAAUGGCAGGAGUGCUUUGCAAUGAGGGCUAUGCAGGGAACAUGCACUAUGUUGGGGUUGAGCCUGAGUCCUGGGUCCUGGCCUCGCUGCAGCUGGUGACAGUGCUAGGUUGACCAGGUGUUUGUCUUUUUCCUAGUGUUCCCCUGGCCAUAGUCGCCAGGUUGCAGCUGCCCUGGUAUGUGGAUCAGAAGUCCUAGCUCUUGCCAGAUGGUUCUGAGCCCGCCUGCUCCACUGGGCUGGAGAGCUCCCUCCCACAUUUACCCAGUAGGCAUACCUGCCACACCAGUGUCUGGACACAAAAUGAAUGGUGUGUGGGGCUGGGAACUGGGGCUGCCAGGUGUCCAGCACCAUUUUCCUUUCUGUGUUUUCUUCUCAGGAGUUAAAAUUUAAUUAUAUCAGUAAAGAGAUUAAUUUUAAUGUAACUUUUCCUAUGCCCGUGUAAAGUGUGUGACUUGGCAAGGCCUGUGCUGCAUGUGACAAAGUUUAUGGAAGUGGAGGGGCCUUCUGGCCGCCACUCCCUCUCCUGUAGCUACUCAGUCUAGUCGGGCAGGUCCCUCCUGUAGCCCUCCCAACACCCUGUGGCACUUGCACUUCAUACAGCUCCCUUUUCUUAUGCAUUCCAUUAAGCCAGCACAGAGAGAGGUGUUGGUAUUGACUGCCUGUGUGAGAAUCCUGCCUGUGGCCUAACUGAGGAACUGAAAAACUGACUUCCACUGUUAGAGUUAUAAGAGGCUUGCCCUGUGGCAGCUGCCCUCCUCUCCCCUUCCCAGGCAUGACUGUCAAGCUAUCUCCUCCCUGGUGUUGAUGCACUCUCCUAGUCUCUCAGCCUGGGUAGAAACAGCAUCUGCUGGACCCAAAGUGGCUAUCCCAAUAACCUCAUCCCUGGUUGUGGCUGACCUGCACUGUAGCCUGCCCACACACCAGCUGACCAUUGUGGAUGCUGUCUGUCCCUUUGUAUCUUCUGCAUGGUUGGGACCUGAGAAGUGCUGACCUGAUUACCCCAAAGGUGUCUCUGAGCUAUGGUUUGUUGGUUUGUCUCAGUUUCUCAUAGUCAAGGGAAAGCUUGGUGUCCUAGCAACAGUUAAGAAUGGACCCAGAGCCUCUUUUGCCCCUUCCCAUCUUGCCUUCUGUCAGCCCAGUAGAGUACAGACCUAUGCCUGUCAGAGCCCAGGGAGGACUCAGCUGACAAGAUGAGGCACCAAAGGGAAGGUUCAAAAUCAGGUCAGCCUCUGGCCUCAGACAGCUUCCCAUGCUGGUCAGAGCCACCUCUUCCCAAAGCCCAAGCCCAGAGUAACCAGGUCAUGUUAAUGAAAAUGAGCUACCUUCAUUUCCUGGCUUGGUUUGGGAACUCUGUUUGCUGUUUGACUAUAUGACCAAGCAGAUUUUCUGCUGUUCCGCUAAGUCAUAUCUGUAUUUCUCAGCUGUAGAGUAGGGGAGUGGAAUAGUUUGGAGAUGUUUCUAGGCUACACAGGAGGAAAGAGCUUGCAGCCUGUGAUUAACUAACUGUGCUUCAGUCCAUGGAUUGCUUUCUUGAGACCCUUGAAUUUCCCUCUAUCUUUCCAUCAUGACAAGUAGCCUUGCUGCUGGGAUGCAAGGUUCCCUACCAAACACAGGUUGUGGGGAGCCUCACACUUGGCCUGACUCUCCUCCUAUCUGCCCUGGCAAAAACCACCCCAAGGCGUGGUAACAGGAACAGUGGACAUGGAUUAGGUCUUUCAAGAGGACGUUAAGGGAAGCUACUGAAUUUUAAUGAAAGAAAUUCACCAAUGCCCCUUUGCUGAUUUAGGGCUUCUUCUUGUCACCCUCAAUUUCCCGCCUAGAAGUGCUCGGGGACCAUGUGAAAGUUCUUACAGUGCUGCUGCCACACUCUGAGGUUGGUCCAACCGCUCUGAGAUGAGCAUGGUGCAGGCCUGAUUACUCCUCAUGGUAGAUGUUCAUAAGGAAACUCAAUAUAAAAUCUAGAGCCAUUCACCAGGGGAUUAUAUCAGUGAGCUCAACCUCAAGUUUAGUUGGCCUCUUGUUUAGUGUGAUCAGAAACAAUUCUUAGUAUGGGGCAAGGACAGCCUCUGCCACAAAGUUGUUGUCUGCUCAUGGGUGCCACAACCUAGAGAUGCACCUGGGUACAGGCAGGUAUGUAUUUGUGUACACACAUAAACACACACACAAUCCUCAAAGACAUAUGCAAGGCCUCUAAAAAUGCCUGCCUGUUUUUUCUGAAAGCAGACUUUUCUUGCAACUGCCACAUACAGUCAGCUUUGUGAGUCUAGCAUCUGAGAAUGGGACUCAAUUUUUAAAAGUCCAUAGCUCAUUAAAGUCUCACUGGAGACAUUGCCCCACCUGUCUAACUGCAGGAGGGACUAAAACUUUUUAUCAAAUUCCUCAAAAAUCUAAAGAUUUCCAAGCUUUAUUUAAAAACAAAAGUUAUUUUGACUAUGAGGUUUUAGGGGUAGGAGGUGGGAUGUUGUUUCUGUUUCCAUGGUGGUACUGUCAGGAAAGAUUUUAAUAAAACCAGGGUAGAACUUUUGGCAAUGCACUUCAGCAUGUUUCUUCUCCAAAAUGUGCCUCCCUCCCUCCCACUGAUGGCCCCCUUGACAUGUAGGUGACUUAGCCACUGCCAAGUGCCCUUUAUGGUUCUCUCAUUUUGUCUGCACAUGUACCCUUCAGGAGGGAAGAACUGGAGUGGAACCACCUCCUGCCCUGUAGAAUGCAGUGCCAGGGAAGGGACCAAUCCUAACAGGUGCCUUCCCUGGCAGGAAGUACCUUCCCGUGAGUGAGUGAAGCAGCUCUGCUUCCGGCUCAUGGGACAGGUUUUAUACAGCAAUAGCUUGUCUCACAGCCACGUCACAAGGAGUCUUGCCUCCCAUUGUGGGGCUGCAGAAUUGGUCUCCUUGCCACCUGUGAGCAUCCUUCCCCACACAGUCUCCUUCCCUCCCUCCUUCCCUCCCUCCCUCCCUCCCUCCCUCCGUCCCUCCCUCCCUCCCUCAGCAUUGAGCACUAGGAUCAUGGCUGCUACCAGGACAGGCAUGAAGCUGUCCUCCAGGGAUUGGUAUGUGGGAGUCGAAGACACUGAGCUGCUGAUGCUGGGUGUGGGCUCAGGAUAUCAUGGUUGGGAAAAGAAUUGUUCCUCAGUGGGUCUGGAGCCUCCAGGAAAGAAGAACCAAUGCUGAGCAGUGUGACAACUAAAGAUGAUAUCAAGGUUCAGGGCCACCCUCCAUGUGUGCUUGUCACACUCUAGAGCCAUCGAAGGAACUGCUCCCCUCAAGUGUCUCUGGAAACACCCUCUGCCGCAAGCUGGGUGUAAGAUAAUAGGUGGCAGAGACCUAUCUGCAGAGAUUUGGCUGCAUUCUAGGGGGCUCCUGUCCAAGCCUUGCUGCUGUAUGCCAUGGGCUUCACUGGGAACUAGGAGGGCUGUGAUGGGUGUGCCCCGGAGCCCAGCCUAGACCUGGCUGUCCAUUUCCAAAAGGAAGGACUGACAUGAAAUGUAUAUUUAAAAUUUUUAAAUUGCAGAUAUUGUACAGUUGAAUUAAAGAAGCGAUUAAACCACCUGUUGUUGCUGUU